UCCUUUCUUCUCUUCACUUUCUUUCUCUUUGCUACAAUCACUUCACACACUGAACUGUGUCUACUUCUGCUGUGCUUCCUUUUCAAUUAGGGUUUUCUCAUUUCCAAGAUCAACGUCAACAUGAACAUCUUCAAGAAGAAAACCUCACCCAAAGAAGCUCUGCGUUCAAGUAAGAGGGAAAUGGCUGUUGCAACCAGAGGAAUUGAAAGAGAGAUAACAUCACUUCAGAUGGAGGAAAAAAAAUUGGUGGCAGAAAUUAAGAGAGAAGCAAAAACUGGAAACGAAGCUGCCACCAGAAUCUUAGCUCGUCAACUUGUUAGGUUACGUCAACAGAUAACCAAUUUGCAGGGAAGUCGUGCACAGAUCAGGGGUGUAGCAACUCACACACAGGCAUUAUAUGCAAGCACUUCAAUCUCCACAGGAAUGAAGGGUGCAACUAAAGCAAUGGUGGCAAUGAAUAAGCAAAUGGCACCGGCAAAACAAGUGAAAGUGAUCAGAGAAUUCCAAAAGCAAUCAGCCCAAUUGGACAUGACGAUUGAGAUGAUGUCAGAAUCUAUUGAUGAAACUUUAGACAAAGAUGAAGCCGAAGAAGAAACCGAAGAGCUCACCAACCAGGUUCUUGAUGAGAUUGGAGUGGAUAUUGCAUCCCAGUUAUCUUCUGCUCCGAAAGGACGAAUUGCUUCAAGGAAUACUGAAAAUGUUGCUCCAAGAUCAGAAGAAUCCCAAGAUGUUGAAGAACUUGAAAAGAGAUUGGCAUCUCUUCGAAGAAUAUAAAUAUCUGGCUGCUACGCUCGCUCAUGUGUUUCUUAAUGUACAAAUCGUUAUAUAUAAUAUAGCAAUGCAGAGAUUGUAUUAUUGGCACCUCAUAGUUACAAAAUUUAUGCUGUUGUGUUUGGAUGUGAAGAACUAGUAAAAGUAGACUGGGAUAUUUGAGACUGCUGCAAACCUUUAUUAAAAUUUGGGAAUUUGUAAAUCUGUAUGUGGGUAUUUUUUAA